GCACUUCAUGUUUGUUAGUCUGCAAUUAAGAUUUUGAAAUAGUAAACUUAAUAAAUAUCCAUUAUUUGCGUAAUUGUCACAUCCGAUCCUUAAUAUUUGUCAUUUAUCGAGAUGGAAGAAAAUAAUUUUUUACUCUUUAAACGGGAUGACCAGGGUCAAGAUUCUCACGAGGACGUGUGGGAUGAUACAGCUUUGAUACAAGCAUAUGAUCGAGCUGUAAAUUUAGCUAAGGAAAGGGUUGCGUCGCAAUUGAGCCUGGAAGAUGGAAACCCCAAAAGCACAACAAGUGAUGUUUCAGAUGAAGAACAAUCAGAGUCUCCAUCAAAAUCAACAAAAAAGUGGAAUUGGGGGGUUGGGGAAGAUGUUCGAUCAGUUUACUCUGAAGAUGGUAAAGAAUAUGAAGCCACUAUUAUGAAAAUCAAUCAAACUGACUCGUCGUGCUUGAUAAAAUACCUAGGCUAUGAAAAUGAAGAAGUUGUUUUCCUAAGGGAUCUGAAACCAUCAGCUGGUGUUGCUGCUAGAAAACAACAAAUUAUUGCUUCUCGUGAUUACUGGCUUACUGCACCAGAGAGUUCCAGUGACAUGGAACAGGAGUGUGAGGUCUUACAGCCCCCCUUGAAACCUCAACCAAUGGCUGGAUUAGGCUGGCAACCUGCAAAGCCAGAACCUUCUCCAAAAUUUCCUGGUAUGAGUAAUAUGUCUUCUAUACCACCACCUCCACCUCCAACAGCCUGGCCCACUCAUGGUACAGCAGAAAUGGAUUCUGAUUCUUUGUAUUCUAUGCUGAUGUCAUGGUACAUGGCAGGAUAUCACACAGGCUAUUAUCAAGGUGUCCAGCAGAGGAACAAGAGGAAAGCAAACGGUAAUGGCACUUAAUGAAUUCUAAACAAACAAGUGCUUCGCAUAUGUUCAUUUUUACCCGGGCUUUUUGCACUUAAGCUUUAGUAUGAAGGUUGAAAAGAGAGUGAAGCGCAAAAAGACAUUUGAUAUGUCCAAUAGAUUGUCUGCCUUUUCUGGGCUAUCUGCGAGUGACAGGCCAUU